CCACACCAGGAAUGUAUCAGAUGUGCAAAAAUCACCCAUUUCAUCCUUUGUGUGUGUAUUGAUUUUCACCUACGCUGUGUCCAUGACUACGCAGGGUGGCUAGGAAUGCAAAGACUUUUAUAAAUGACGCCCACAGGGGUGGAGAUUGAAGCGCAUGAUUCAGAUGUAGUUUCGCAUAAUGUUAUUUACCGUACUAUAGUUUGAUUAAUCCAUGGCAGUAAAACUUAUAGCACUGUCUGCUGGACAAUUUUGAGGGUGCCUCAAGGCAUGAAGUGUGCGAACUUUUUUCUCUUUUUACGGUAUGCAUAGAGUAGUUGUUACUAUCGUUUUGUUAACAAAAAUCUAACUAGUGUCGUUUCCGCUUGCCCGGCUGUACAUGUUAACAUGUGUCAACAAUGAAUCCCAAAGGCAAACGGUAAAACAAACAACACGAUGUCAUGUGAUGCCUAUUGUGUCUCUUGUAGUUGCUACGUACGUAUGCACAUAAUAUAGUGUGCGGAAUGUUGAGAAGUUGCUGCAGAUUCUGGGCAAGUGCUUCACAUUUAUAGCAGCUACAGCUUUGAACAAGGGGGCCAACGUUUGGUCCCUUGUAGAGAGGUUGUCCCUAUCUCGGAGGUCACUAACGUAUGAGCAUGGGGUUGAAACAAGUGUCCCUUGUAGAGAGGUCAUCCCUAUCUCUGAGGUCAAAUAAUACACUAAAGUGGGGUUGAAACAAGUAUCUAUUGUAGAGAGGUCGUCCCUAUCUCAGAGAGUCCCUUAUCGGAGGUCCCACUGAGUACUAUUCUAAGCCAAGUUUGCGUAUUGUAAUAGACAUGAGGCUGACUGGCCCUUGCCCCCUAUCUUGUCUUCUUUCACAGUGUUGGUUGCUUAUAGCGGUGCCUAAUCCCCAAUCUCACCUACUACAGUGUGAGUAAGAAAGAAAACGGUUCCAAAAUCGUUCAAUUCAUUCAGCAAAAAUGCUACCAUAACGCACGAAACGAACGGUGAUUACCGUUCUCUGGAAAGGAACUGCACGAUAAUGCAGGCUACAUAAUGCCCCGUGUCUCUAUUAUGCAUAACACUAGGAUAUCUAGUAUCUACAGUGUGUUCAAUGAGUUCAGUUGCAGGACUGUUGUUGUACAGAGUGUGAACCGUGGAAGAUGGAGAGCACACCUCUUAUGAAAGAUGAGCAACCUCCCCCCACCAACCCAGCCUACCCGCCACAGGCUCCUCCAGGCUACCAGCAAGCUCCUUAUGCUCCUCCUCAGCAUGUGGUGAGCAUGCAGAGUCUUAGGUUCACAGAGAACCCCGUUCAGUUGAGGUGUAACACGUGUGGACAGGACGUGGUCACACGCACCAUGUACACCCCGGGACUCAUGACCUGGCUCAUCGUCGGGAUCCUCUUCAUCCUCGGGAUAUGGCCUUGUUGUCUCAUUCCAUUGUGUGUGGACGGACUAAAGGAUGUUGACCACGUGUGUCCCAACUGUGGCACCAAGCAAGGCUCUUACAAGAGGCUCAGCUGAAAGACAUAUUGACUCUCACUUCAACUGACCCUGAUUUAUAGUAUCGUAAUCGUGAUCAUUCGCGUCUGCACCGUUCACUGCACGACCGUACAAAUCACUGUACAAAUCACUGUACAAGCGCAUGCGCAUUCAUUCCGCUGUUUGGUAACCG